CACAAUCACCAGUCUCGACGUCCACUCCGCGCGGUCCGCCAGUCGUAAUCCCAUAACAAACUUUUUUUUUUAUUUAACUUAUAUCGCGUGUGAUUUGUUUACGAACGCGUUCGCAAUUUUCAAGUUUUCAAAUAUAUAUUGGGAUUCGUCAUUCUCAAUUAAAAAAAAUUGUGCAUUUGGAUACUCUGGUGAAAUUGUGUUUGAGGAUGUUACAGGAUCCUUCAGCGCAAGGUACCUAACAAGAACCAGCACGAAACCAGCAAAGUGACUUGACUCAAACCAGGCGAAAGACCGCGGACGAUCGAGAAUCCCGAAUCCUACGAGUUGGAGACGUAGCAAAAUGGCGUCUACCGACACUUCGACCUCCAGCCAAAUAUCUGCCGUAGCAGCUGAAGAACACAAGCGUACCGUCGACGAAGCGUUCCUCAAUAAAUUGAAGAGUCUCGUUGAACGUUUGAGGCUUGAAAAUGCAACCUUGAAGAAGUCGCUCGACAUCGAGCGGAGCGAGGGUAGAGCACUUAAGGCCCGAUUUAAUAGCGAAAUUAGAAACUUAAAGACUGAAUAUAAAAAGAAAGAAGAUCUGUUAGAGAAACAAUUAAGAUCAGUAAAUAAACCAGAAAAGUCAGAAGACUCAUUAACAACCAAUAAACUUCAAGAAUUAAAACGAUUGUCAACAGAAAUUCAGUCUUUAAAAACUGCAAAUAAGGGGCUUCAAGAAAAACUCAAGGUUGCACAGGCGGCGGAAUGCGCUCGCGCUGCUGAGUUGCGCGCGCAAGUUGCUAAGCAUAACGCGUUGGAGCAAGCAGCGCGAAGAGAUGCGAGAGCGCAGUGUCAGAAAUUGCUGGAGGAAAUCAAAUCGAAAGAGCGAGUAAUCAUCCAAUUAAGGAGAGAGGCGGCGCGGUCGUCAUCGCAAAAUGAACAGGCGCAGAGGAUGGAGUGCGGAACUUCAGAGAUCACCAGAAAGCGUGGUGAUCAGGGAAAAGAGAAAAGCAAUCGAGAAGAUCUCAAAACCGACAUACAACAUAGGAAGGAAACGUUUUAUAGGGAGGCUCCGUCUGACGGAGAUUCGGCGGUGUCCUCCGCGCCCGCCUCGCUCUCACCACAGCCGCUCAACGAUAUGUGGUCGUGCGGGCAGUGCCGCAGUUCGGCGGAGCGCGCGGCGAGCGCGGCGCGCGAGUGCACGCGGCUCGCGGACGCGCUGCGAGACGCGCGCGACCAACUCGAGCUCAUGGAGUUCCGGCUGCUCGAGUUAGAGGACGCACAUCCCGAGAAGGGUGCUAGGGACAACCUAACAGACUCGGAUUCGGGCUGCGUGUCCCCAGGCUCCCGAAUUAAGGACUCGGCAUCGCCGGAAUUAAAGCGAAUGGAUUCCGGCUACAAGUCCCCGCAUACGCCAAGCAGUCCUUGCAAUCCCCGAAGGCAGCUGAAUACGCCACACGAUGAAUUCAAAGAAGACUUUGCUAAAGCGCAAGUCAUGGCAGACAUUUUGGACAGAAAUUCAGAAACCAGUGAUUCGUUGAAGAGCAAUCCAGUGAAGGAACAUCUGGAGCAGAUGAUAUUAAACGCGGCCUCGGUGGACGACAGGAGCUGUUUGGAACAAGUUUUGAUGAUGCUAUACAAUUAUCAAGCGCUAAGUAGUUCUGUUAGCGAAGACGAAUGCUUUCAGGCAAAACCGAAAAGAAUAUGUGAUUUGAGAUUACGAACGGAAACCGACAUACUAUCGCACAAAACCCAUAAAGCAAUCGCGACCGUCACACCGUACCAGCAGAAAGGAUAUAAAUCCGAAUCACUCGAGAGUCUUUGCGAGGAAAGGAAACCAAAUAACAUAUUGCAAGAGAGCGGUAUAUUUGAGGGCGUUGAAACUGAGUGCAAGGAAACUCAGACCGACCUUAACGAUAGCUUUGAAUGCAGCGGUGAAUUGAACACUGAAAUACAACGACUGAAUAGUAUAAGGGAAAAGUUGGAGAAGCAAAGUAGGAAUAGGACGCUUAGUUCGAAAGAUGAAAUUGAUUGUUUAGAAUGUAAGUGUGUGAAGUUAGGGAAGAAACACAAACAGUAUUACGAGAGGAGGCUCAAGUUUUUGGAGGGGAAGAUAUCUAUAUAUGAAGCGGCACAGGACGUUAAAGAGUCAAAAUUAGCGCAACGUUUGCAAAAGGAGUUUUUACUUGAGAAUAGGAUACAAGAAUUGGAAACGCAGUUAGCUGGACUUCAGGAUAAAUACGAGAGGCUUGAAGAGGAAUGUUGUGAGCUAGAAGAAAUAGAAAAUGACACUCGACUACAUUGGCAGCAGCUCGAGAUGGACUACGAGCUGUGCUCGGCGCAGCUGAGGGACAUGACGGAGCAGCGGGAGUGCUCGCGCGCGCAGGCCGAGCGCCUGCUGCGCCAGCUCGCCGAGCGGGACGCCGCGCUCCGGACGAGGGAGAAUGAACUCCUAUCAAGGCUGAGCAGUUUGGAGCGAGCGGUGCCCGCGUUGAUAGCAUGGAAUGUCAUACGUGUUUUUGGCGCCGCUGUCGAUGUCGGAUGUCAGAGGGCCUUAAUAAGUCGCAUGGGUCCAUUCGACCAGGACACCAAGAAGACGAUAGCCACCAUCAAGGAGAUGCGGCGGGUGGAGGAGAGGAACUGCACCGCGGUGGCUGCCUGGAACAACAUGCAGGUGGCCUCGGGGGGUGCUGUGAGGGCUCUGGAGACACAGAUAACGACACUGCUCACGGAAAAGAAACAAAUAGAACAGAAAAUGAAUGAAGUAUGCAAGAGCCUUGAAUGUAAAGUCAAGAAGCUGGAGCAAGAACUGGACACGGCGAGGAGACAGAUCGCGGCCGCUGUCAAUGGCGCUGAUAUCAAGAAGGAUAGAAUCGAAGAGAAAGUUGAAGAGUUGGAAGUUAAAUUACGGCAAGAAAAAGAAGAUGAGAAGCUUCCAGCAGACACAUUCACGAGCAGCAAAAUAAGAGCACUGCUGUUAAGCGAAGAGCAGCUGAAGAACCGAGUGUCGGAACUGGAGAGGAGAGAGACCGCGUACUUGGAGAUGCUGUCGCAGGCGGACGACAUGUGGGCAGAGAUGGAGGGCGGUUAUAAGAAGAAGAUCGAGGAAUCGCAGGCCACCGAAAAUCUGCUUAAAGGAAAGGUAAAGAAAUUGGAGGGUGAGCGCGAUCAGUGGAAGAAAUGCUUCGAGCCGUUAAAGAAGAAGCUGCGUGAAGUAGAAGAGUCCGAGUCGGGGAUGCGAAUAGCGCUCGAGAAAGCGGAGAGAGACGCCACAGCGCUGAGAGCGCAGAACACCCAGCUAACCGCCAUGUUUGGGAAGGCCGACGCGGAGACCAAGAAGGCGGAAGCUGCCUUCAAAAACCUCGAGACUAAGUUCAAAAAGGAAAUAGACCAUCUUCGUAAGAUGAACAAACAACUGGACGAGGAUUUGAAAAGUCAUCGCGAAAUAUCGAAAAAGACCGAAAUGGCGUUUAUAGGAGACCUCGAAUGUAUCAGAAAGGAGCUGAGCAGAGCUUGCAAGAAUAACCAAGAGUUGGAAGUUACUAAUAGCGAACUUAAGGAGGAGGUGGAAUCUCUCGAAAAGCAGCUAGCGCUAACGCAGAAGGCGUUGAACCAAUGCAAGCGCAGAUGCGACGAGAAGCUGAAGACGAUCAGCCACGAGUUGUCGAUAAAGACGGAGGAGUUGGAGGAGAUGCGCAGCGAGAGCAUGCGCCGGAGCGUCCGCGCGGCCGCGCGCGACCUGCGCCCCGAGCGGACGGAGUACGUGGACGAGGGCUACUCCAUAUACAACGCCGUGCCGAACGACUUGGGGAGGAUGCACCACAGCAUGAGCUACAUCACCUCGGAGGCGGGCUGCUCCUGUCCGUCCAUGAGAAGCCAGCUCGUCAGCCAGCUGAUUGACGAUCUGUUCGAUAGGAUACACAAUACGGUCGACGACGACCUGGCGAAACUGUGCAAGGAGAUCGUGCCGGCUAACGGCGAAAUCAGUGAAGACGCGAAGUCGAAGAUCACUAAUUAUCUCCUGAUGGCGAUCUCGAAGGAGCUCAUACGGUCCAUCGGCGACGCCGACGCAAAGACUGACACGGAGGAAUGGCAGCGCGCGGUGUCGUCCAUGACGUACUCGGUGUACGGCGCGGGGUCGGGCGCGGGAUGUGGCGCGGGCGCGGGGGCGGGCGCGGGCGCGGGCGCGGGGUGGGGCGCGGGGGCGGAGCGGUGGCGCGGCAACGCGGGCGUGCUGCGCGGCGCGGCGCGGCUUGCCAGCGCGAGCUGCGCGUGCGCGGCCGCUCGCCUGUGCGCCGCCGCGCCGCACGCCGCCGCCGCCGUCAAGCUCUGCCAGGAGGAAGUUUUAGAGCACGGCGACGUUAAGAUAAUGGAAGAGCAGCUAGCAAAUGCGAUAGAAAGUAUAGUUAAUUGUCCAUCUUGUGCGCUAGGUACAAAUGCGAUAGUUUGGAGUACGGACGUUUAGUGUCACAUAUAUUUAUAUAUUCACCUCCACCGACCUCACUCUGGUGCCUUCUUUAGUCUAGACUUAAGCGACCUGUAUAUACUUUGUAUUAUAUAACACUUAGGUACACAGUAUAACCUUAAUAUACAAUAAUAUUAUUACGACGAGCAUAUCGAACAAACAUGUACCCUUCUAAUUCGAAUUAAACGAGUUUCUUCCGUGCCAAUUGUGUUUCGUUUUUUGUGUAAAUAAUAAAAAUUAGUUAGAAAUCGAUUAUUCGUACUAAAAAUCUCACAAAUCGAUUAUUGUAGUUCAGGUUUAUGUAUUUUAUUUAACGAAUGAUAUUUCAUUGAUGGAUUAAAUGAAUAUUUAAUAAUA